CAUCCAACAUGGCGUCGUAGGGACUGUUAUUGUUGUAUUGCACGUAGCUAUGUGAAUCCAAGUGGAUUCAUGUCCAUUUACUCAAACUAAAAAAUAAAACUAACUACUACACCAAAUUGUGUCGGUCUCGAGUCUGCGGGAAUGAGAGAGGUCAGGGAAGACUAUGCUGAGAUCCACCGGUUUCUUCCGUGGGAUUGACUGCCCGUUUAACACGGAUAGUUGCAACGUGAAAAGCGUCAAAGAUGGGUGCGAAAGACCGUACUGUCACUUCAGACACCGCCAACAGAGACCGGCGUCUUAUGUAUCAAAUGACAUUCGAAAAUCAAACGAGUUUUACUCCAAACAAAAGGAGCAAUGUGGCUAUGACCCAUUCAACCCAGAGGUAGUGAGACCUGAGGAGCAACAGAAUGGGGAGCCUGCUGCUGCCACAGUGGACAUGGGUGCCCUGGAGCUUGAGUUGGUCAAUCGCGCCAUCGAGGAGGUACGCAGUGAGGUGGAGCGGGAAAAGAAGAAACUCUCACGAAUCGGGGACCAGGAAUAUGACCCUACCGCCAGUUCCCCCAAAGUGGUGGCUAAAUGGCCAAAACCACCGGCCUUGGCAUCCCACUUGGCGUAUGACCCAGGCAGUUAUCAGAUGACUACAACAGCUGAUUAUAACCCUACCCCUCGCUCCAGGAAGUACACCUUGGACUCUGACAGCAAGGACAACCAUGCCAGCUCCAUGGAAUAUGUGCCCACCUCAGUUACCAAAACAGCUGUGAAAAAGCCUGUUCCCCGAACACAAACUCCUCAUCUUCACUCUUUGCCUACUAGUCCUAAGUACUCCACUAUUGCAUCCUGCUCCAAGAAUAAGUACACAGUGGAUAAUUCUAAACCAUCCACAGACAUGGAAUAUGACCCUCUCUCCAACUAUUCAGCUAAAAUUGCUGGCAUAAAUAAGAAGAACCAGAGGACAGGUGCUACUCUGGGCGAAGGGAAAAAGAGACCUCACCUAUCAGGGACUGGAAAGCGGUCAACAGAUGAGGAAUAUGUGCCAACCAUUAAGAAGCCACGGCAGGUGAUACCAGACCUACUGAAAUACACUGCCAGUUUCUCUGAGUCUGAUGAAGAGAGCUCUGGGACAGAGUAUCGACCCACCUCUCUCAGCCGUCUGCAGAGGAGGAAGAGCAGCAGUGGGUCAGUGGAGGAAGGGAAAGGAGAGGGGACAGAAGGAGCCGUAGGUGGGCUGAAACAACAGAGUUGGAGUCGGGAGUCUAAAAAGCAGCAGGACACUGCACACUGGGAGUCAGAGGACUUGGAGAACCAGGAAGUAGUAGCUAGGCAGAAUGACAAGCCAGAGACUGAAAAAGUGCCAGGUAAAACCAGCCAAAUGAAGAGCAGCAAAGUAAAGAAGGUGCAUAAAUCUGAAAAGGAGUCCAGUAAAAAGAGUGGUGGUGGUAGUAAUAGUAAAAAAGGAGCAGGGGACGUUGAGAAAGUAAGUGAUUUAAAGAAAUCAAGCCACGAAACUGCAAAGAAGGACAGCAAGAAUCAGGGAAAGAGAGAAGAGAAAGGCAAGAUAAAGGAUACAUCCAUAGACAAAGGCAAGAAGGAGGGAAAGGAAGAAAAGAGAAGUGAUGGAAAGAGUAAGAUAAGGACAGACAAAGUUAAAGGGGAGUCAAGCAAGAGAGAGAAUGAGAGAGAAAAGAGGGGUGGGGAUAGUAAAAAACAGAAGACUUCAGACAAGGAAAAGGACUCUUCUAAGUUUAAAGAACACAAGAAUGGUAAAUAUGACGGCAAUGGAAGAGAAAAGGACUCGAAGAAAGUUAGCAAAAGGAGUUCUAACAGCAGUAAAGACAAGGUGAAGAAAAGCAGCAGUAGCUCCUCUGGUAAAACAGGAAAGGUGGAACAAAGAUCUCUGAGUCACGUAGAUCUGUUUGGUGAUGAGAGUGUAGAGGAGAAAAGUGAGGAGGAUGAGGAAGAGGAGACAAUUGUGAGGAAGUCAGCUGCUGCUUUCAAGAGGGGGAGUUUGAAUAGGAGGAAGUUCUUAGAGCUCACCCCCUCAUCCUCAGAGGAUGACGACGUUGGUGCGGAAGAUGACGGGGGCUAUGAUGACAUGGAUGACGGUGGGGUGGACUACUCUGGUCUGCAGGUGGACAUGGACUUUGACCUGGAUAAUGACCCAAUGGAGGAGUGCUUACGGAUCUUCAAUGAAUCCAAGGAUGUGAAGACUGAGGACAAGGGAAGGCAAGCCAAGCCCUCUAAAGAUUCAGAGGAUGAGGAUUCCACUGAGAGCAAUCAAACCACUCUUUUCCCCGGUCAGAGGAAAAGGGUUUCACAUUUCUCAGCCAAAGGAAGUACUGAGGCAACCCCGAAGCCUCCACCAUACAGGAGACUGACUGCCCAGGAGAUCUGUUACCAGCGCAUGCAGAUAGCACAGCAGCAGGCUGUUCAGCUGGCUGCAGCUGUGAAGACUGCCUCCACACCCAGGCCAAGUCCCAGCCCCAGCCCCUUACUUGGGGAGAGGAAGAGAGUAGCCCACCGCCCCACCCCUUUACCAUCCUCCUCCAAAUCUGGUCUUGCUGAGGCAAAGUCGGCGGGCAGCAGAGUGUUGUCGCCCACCUGUACCCUCCCAGCAGGUCUCUCUGUGAAGGCCCAAACAUCUGCCGGGAUCCUGUCAAAGACCACCACCACUAUUGCACAGAAGAGGGUGGCACACACUCCCACAAUGAAGAGCUCUGCAAUGAAGCGGCCAGUUAUUCCCACCGAGUUUGGGGCCAAAGUGCCCACCAACGUCCGCCAGCGAUACCUCAACACAUUUAUAGAUGAGUGUAUGAAGUUCUGCCCCUCUGAAGAUGUGGCCUUCCAAAUGGCCCUGCAGGAGGAGGUGGUGGUGUAUGACCGGAGCAGCAGUAAGAACAUCUACCUCAACGUGGCAGUCAACACACUGAAGAAGCUACGCAGCAAGAGCAGCUCCCCCACCUCACUUAUUGCCAUGAGCCCUGCAGUGGUGGGGAACAGGAAGGCCCAGUCCCAUGAAGAAGUGCUGGGGGGGCGCCUUGCUGCCAAGACCAGCUUCACCAUUAAUAGGACAGGCAAGCAACAGGCGGAGAAACUCAGUGGUGCUACUCUGUACAGGAAACUGAGGGACUAUCUGAUGACGGAGGAACUGCUGCAGGAGCAUGGAUACCCUAGGCCACACCCUGAGCGCUCAGGUCGAGCUGUGGUCCACAACGUCCCGGAGAAGAAGAACGUUGACCCGUUUGCCAAGGUGUGCUGUCGAUGUGGGGCCGAGUAUAAGAUCAAUGCCAACGGCAACUGUGUUCACAAGGAGGAGUGUAAUCACCACUGGGGCCGUCUGCGUAGGCAUAAAGUGUCGGGAGGCUGGGAAACCAACUACAACUGCUGCUCAGGAGCUGUGGGCUCUCCUGGCUGCUCCGUGUCUAAGCAACACGUUCAGGACGGACGCAAAGAGUCUUUGGAUGGCUACGUUCAGACCUUUGAGAAACAGCUUCCCCCGGACGGAAACGGUGGAGUCUAUGCCCUGGACUGUGAGAUGUGCUACACAAGGCAGGGUCUGGAGCUGACCAGGGUGACUGUUAUCAACUCUGAGCUGAAAGUAAUCUACGACACAUUUGUUAAACCUGAAAGCAAAGUGGUUGACUACAACACACGAUUUUCGGGUGUAACAGAGGAAGACCUGGAGAAUGCCAGGAUCACCCUGAGAGACGUGCAGGCGGUGAUGCUCAACAUGUUCAGCGCUGAGUCCAUCCUCAUAGGACAUAGCCUGGAGAGUGACCUCUUCGCCCUCAAGGUCAUACACAGCACUGUAGUGGACACAGCCAUCGUGUUCCCCCAUCGCCUGGGCUCUCCCUACAAGCGGGCCCUGAGGAACCUCAUGGCAGACCACCUCAAACGCAUCAUACAGGACAGCGUUGAAGGUCAUGACUCCAGUGAGGACGCCUGUGCCUGCAUGGAGCUCAUGAUGUGGAAGAUCCGAGAAGACGCCAAGGUGAAGAGGUGACCUCUGCUCCACCCCUCCCCUCUAACCGGACCGCUGCAGAGAGACUGAUAGGGAGGGAGAGAGGCGGGGCGCUGAAGGCCCGGAGAGAGAACUGUCAGUCUGAGAAGCCAACAGCCCAGCACUUGACGAGAAAUAAGUAGCAGGAGCGCUUCAGGUAUUCCAAAACAGCCACAGCACUUGAGUUCCACUGACUGGGAUAGGACCUUGACAGAGAGGGUGAGAAUAGGCUCCUCUGCAGAGAUCUGCACAGACAGCCAAGUCACUACGUUGCCUGGUCAGGUGGGCCAUUGUGAACAGGUGCUGCUCCGGCCUUGUUGGAAUAAAGCAGAGCCAGAGCCCUCGAUGGAGCAAGCAGGGAAAGAGCAAAAAUCAGCAGUGUUUUCAUUUACUGUUUACGUAUUUCAUUUAGAAGAUCCAUGAUCAUGAUUGUCACCAGUUUUUCUUGGUAUGUAUUCUUCUCCUCCUCCCGCCAUCUAUUUCUGAAAGGUGGGGGGGAGGGAGUUACAUCGAAGGCUCCCAUCAAAUAUAACCUUUCUGUCAAAUGAAAUGUCAGGGCAUUGGACUUGUUCACAUUAUGUUAGGGUGAAAAUGCUAUUGCUGCUGAGCUGCAGCCUUGGCCCAACUUGCACUAUCUGUACUGAUGUCAAUCUCUUAGUAUUUUGGUAGCUCUCAAACUUGAUUCAUCAUGACGGACUUGGUCAGACCCCAAACCAGAAAUAUGAAUUUCUGAAAUUGUCCUGGUAUGGUUGAUUAGAGAUGGUGUUGAAUAGCUUGACCAUCAAAUCUCACUAUCUCUGUGUCCUGUACACUGCAUUUAAGUAACUUAGGCUACUUUUCUAUCCACACAGAUAGAACCUAUUACUCCCAGGGUAUGUAGAAAAACUGUCCACAUUAUGCUGCAAUGCAGACCGAUAUGAAACCGUUUAUAUUAACUAACGCCUAUAAUUUGUUAUAUGGUAUAACAUAUAUACUGGUAAAAGAGAACUUGUCCUGUAAAUUGUUUCCUUUUGUAUUUGUUUAUUUUGGUUUAUUGUUUUCUAUUAAAAAUAUCUGGUUUACUUAA